UCCCUUGUAGCGAUCCAUUGUAAUCGAAAUAGCCAUAUAUGUGUGUACGUACUUUAUGACUACGAUUAUUAAUUGAUCGGCUGAUUGUUUAUUCGCGGUCCAAUUUUUAGUCUUUGAUUUUUUUUUUUUUUUUGAUAAAAACAAAAUGAUUUUCGAAAAAUUCAAAUUAGACUUGAAAAAUUGCAUUCAAAGUUUUCUGACGGAUGGCGACAAAGAUUUGGUUCUAAGUUUAUUGAAUACAACCGAACGACAACAUUAUGAAAAUGAUUUUAAAGUCAUUGUUGAUACCAUCAUUCGAGAGGUUUUAUUAUUGACAUUAGCUUCGGAAAAGGAAUCUGAUUAUGAGAAAUUGAAACGUCUACUGGAAUUAUCGAUCUCAUUGGCCAAAAUCGAAUAUUGUUCCAUUAAUACACCGAUUGUUUUACUAAGUGAAUUACUAGAUUGUUGUACAUUGAAAGAAUGUGAGCUAUUAUUCUCGCUCAUCGAUGACAAUAUUUACAUUUGGAAAGAGGAUUUUUUCUUCAAAAAUGUUAAAAAUCAAUUACUUCGCACGUGUAAUGAUUUACUUCGAAGACUUUCAAGAAAUCAAAACACCGUAUUCUGUGGACGUAUUCUGAUUUUUUUGGCAAAUUUUUUUCCACUUUUUGAACGAUCUGGAUUGAAUUUAACAUCCGAAUUCAAUCAGGAUAAUUCAACAUCAUAUUCAUUGCAAGAGGAUGAAGAACUUGAAGAAAAUCUACCUGAUGAUGAUGAUAAAAAUGUGACGGAUGAAAAAGAAGUCGAUCGAAUCAAAGUGGAUAUGAAUUUCUAUAAAAAAUUCUGGCAACUACAGGAAUAUUUUCGUAAUCCAACCAUUAGUUAUCAGAGGAAUAAUUUUAAAAAUUUUCAAAAUUACUGCAAUGAAGUUUUAUCCGUAUUCGCUGGCUACAAAAUUGAUCCAAAUUCCUGUUUCUAUUUUCAAGCACUUGGACUUGAUAAUAGCAAUCAUAACAAUGAUGAUAAGUCAAUAUUUUUUGUCAAAUAUUUGACGAAUCAAAAAUUAUUGGAACUUCAAUUAAGCGAUUCAAAUUUUCGUCGUCAUAUUCUCAUACAGAUUCUAAUUGUAUUCCAGUAUUUUACAUCGAACGUUAAAUUCCGUGUAUUGGAGAAUGCUUCAAUGAAUGAUGAACAAUUAUCAUGGAUAAAUAAUAUUCGAAUCAAAGUUCAUCAGCUUAUCGAAGAAACACCACCGAAUGGAAAAGAAGUUCGUAAAGUUAUUGAACAUUUAUUGAAUCGUGAAGAAUUCUGGAAUAAUUGGAAAAAUGAAGGCUGUUGUGAAUUGAAACAGAUUGAUGAACCUGAAGAUGUACGUAAACGUACAGCCGAUUAUAUUGCAUCGACAUAUGUUGUAUCACAGAAAAGAGCUCGACUUGGUGAACAUGUACGAAAUGCCAUCAAUAAUAAUAAAAUUCUCAUCGGAAAUGCUGAAUUGAAUCGAUUAUGGAAUUUUUGUCCCGACAAUCUGGAUGCUUGUCGUUCGGAGAAACGAAUUUUUACGCCAAAACUUGAACAAUUUUUUGAGCCACUUCUGAAACGACCUUCAGAAGAACGUCAAUUUUAUUGUUCUGAUCCAAAUUAUUGUUGGAAAUCAUUGCGUUUAUUAUGCCAGAAAAGUAAUUAUUUUUUCGUACCAAGUAAUCAGGUAGUGAAACCAGUGGCCGAUUAUCUUGAAGGUGUCAUUGAAAAAUUGGCAAAAGAUUAUAAUUUUUCUACACCAAAAAUUCAAAAUUCCAACAACAACAACAAUAACGGUAAUAGCAACAACUUGAAUAAUAAUAAUAAUGAUGAUAAUAAAACCGAAACAGAAGAUAUAAGUGAUGAUGAAUUAUUGAAAAAUGUUGAUUCAAAUUCUGUACGUAGUAAUGAAGAUGAUACAAUGGAUGAUAUGGAUAUGAAUGUAAAUGAUUCGAAUAAUAAUGACAAUAAUACAAAUAAUGCUGACGAUGUAAUCACCAACAAUAUAAUUGAUCAGAUUUCUAUUAAAAUACAGGAUUUAUGGGAUGAAUUAUCACCAUUAUUUGGAUUUACUGAUGAUGAAUUGGAAUAUAUCAAAGAAUGUUAUCCAGAUCGAGUGGCCAGAAUUAAACAUCUGAUUACAAUAUGGAAAGAUGAACAAGGUCCUGAAGAAGGUAAUCUGAAAAAAUUACAAAAAAUAAUCAAUUCAAUUAAACCAGAUAUGACCAUUAUUAAUUGUUAAUGUGUAUUUCAAUAAUAAUAAAAAAA